GAGUUUCCCAUGAGCAGCAGCUUCCGGAUCUUACGCAGACGAAGGUUAGCUAGCUGACGGCUAGAUAUCUGUUUUCUGGCGAGCUGACAUUGACGUGAAGAAACGAGCGUUUGCUGCGGUUCUUUUCUGACCAAUAAAAGACUCCCCAUCAUGGUGUCGGGAAAGCGCUUGGCUGAUAUCGGCUAUCGGGCCUUUUCUGCCUCGAUGAUGCUGCUGACGGUGUACGGAGGGUACCUGUGUGCGAUGCGAGGGUACCGGUACAUGGAGAAGCAGAAACAGCUGAAACUGGCUGCAGAGAACCAGGACCCAGAAAUCAUCAAAGACUGAUGGACUCUCUCUGCACUGGACAUUUCCCCAUUCCUCUCUCCUGAAGGGAUGGAUUCCUCCCAUGUUUGUGUUUUUUCCCCUGAGGUUACCUCGCAAGCAUAAUUUUUGCUGAUAACACUUAAAGGAAUCUGUUUUAAGAAUAUAUUUGCAUCAGUGGCCUGUGUCAUGUUCAUUAUAUUGUUUCAGGAUGGCUGUUAUGGUUUGUAUUAUAAUAAAACACCUUAAAUAAAA